AUGUCAGAAGUUGAAAAAAAUGAAUUUGUUCAAGAGAAACUUAAGAAAAUUUCUAAGCAGAAGAUUAAAUUUCGAGAUUUUGCUGAACAAUCAAUAACUAAUAUUCUUAAAAUCAGUUCUCAUGCAAAUGACAUUAUUCUAUUUGCUGAUUGCUGUAUUAAUGAUGAUAUCAGUAAUGAUGAACUGUUGAAAUUAUUAAGGCCAACUUUGAGUAAUGCUAAGUUAAAUAAGAAUAAUUCUGAAUUAUUUAAGGAUUGUUUAGUCAAAAUUAAAACUCAAGUUGAUGAGGUAAAAAAUGAUGAAUAUUUGGCUGUUAAAAAUAAUAAAUUCAUAUCCUAUGUUGGCAGUGCAGUUGCGCUUGAAGUAGCUCUAUUCACAGAUGGAGUAUCUUUGAUAGCAGAAACUUUCGUUGGAAUUGACGCAAUAGCAUUUUUUGGCGGAGCAUAUUCAGCUUGCAGUAAUGUUCUAAAUUACUUAGCAAAGGAAGUUGAAGAGAUAUCACCAUGUCUAUCUGAAAUGAAAGAAUAUCUUAAAAAGAUCAAUGAAAUCAUAAGUUAUUGUGAAAGUUAUUGGACAAUCGAAAUUAAAAACAUUGACAAAAUUAUUAAAG